AUGUCGGCCGGACUCUCCAAGUGCGCCAAAAUCCGCCACAUUGUGAGGCUCCGCCAACUGCUGCGGCGGUGGAGGAACAAGGCCAGGGUGUCCUCAGCGACCAACAAGCAGAUCCCCUCCGACGUCCCUUCCGGCCACGUCGCCGUCUGCGUCGGCUCGAGCUGCCGGAGAUUCGUCGUCCGUGCGACGUACCUGAACCACCCGGUCUUCGUCAAGCUCCUGACCCAAGCCGAGGAAGAGUUCGGGUUCUCCAACAACCAGGGUCCCCUGACCAUCCCCUGCGACGAAUCCGUCUUCGAGGAAGCCAUCCGGUACAUCGCCAAGUCCGAUGGGUCGAAUCGAUUCGCGAAUUUGGAGGAUCUCAAGCUGAAUUGCCAUUCGAUUCGCCGGAAGCCGUCGGAUUUGUGGACGGAGUCGCGUCCCCUGCUCGCGGAGAAACCCACAAUCUGGUGA